GCUCUUUUCCUCCCUGGCUGCCUGAAGACCAACCUUCAUCAUGAAUGACACAGUAACCAUCUGGACCAGGAAGUUCAUGACCAACAGACUACUUCAGCAGAAGCAAAUGGUCAUUGAUGUCCUUCACCCUGGGAAGGCAACAGUACCCAAGACAGAAAUCUGGGGAAAAGUAGCCAAAAUGUAUGAGACCACACCUGAUGUCAUCUUUGUGUUUGGAUUUAGAACCCACUUUGGUGGUAGCAAGACCACUGGCUUUGGCAUGAUUUAUGAUUCCUUGGAUUACGCAAAGAAAAACGAACCCAAACACAGACUUGCAAGACAUGGCCUAUAUGAGAAGAAGACGACCUCAAGAAAACAGAGAAAGGAACGCAAGAACAGAAUGAAGAAAGUCAGAGGGACUGCAAAGGCCAACGUUGGUGCUGGCAAAAACAAGGAGUAAAGAUUCUUCGGUGACUUUAUCUGUGAUGGUUGUGCAGAUUUUUCAUGGGAGGAUUAAUAAACUAUAAACUUUAAAAAAAAAA